AUGAAACCCCCUAAUAUGCUGAAGCUUGUAGGCAACUACAAGAAAGCCUUUAACGAGAAAACCAUUUGCUGGUACCUCAGACACAAACAGAAACAGGCCAGAGGCAUAGAAGGCUGUCAGCGGUGCUGCCGAUCAGAAGACACAGCGAGGGAAGAGGAGUUCCCAGCAGCGUAUAAUAUGGCUGUAGUCCGGUCAGCGGCUACUCAGACUAGCUUAGCUUAUAGUGAGGAGAAGGAGAAGAAAGACGAGGAUCAUCCAAAGGUAGAAGAGAAAUUACCAGAGUUCCAGGCCACGUAUAAUACUGAAGUCCUGGGUAUAUCAAAGCAGAUACUUUAA